CAAUAUUUAGUUUGGUAGCUUAAGCAAUGGCUGAGAUUGCCAGGCUCGAGGCACAGGUGGAGAUAAAUUCACCAGCAGAAAAGUUCUAUGGCUUCUUUAGGAACAAAAUGCACCAUUUGGUGCAAAUGUUCCCCAAAAACGUCAAAAGCUUUCAGUUGCUGGAAGGAGACUCGAUCAGGCCUGGCUGUCUGACACAUUGGAAAUAUGACCUCGGGAGUCCCAUGACAGCAAAGGUGAAAAUCGAAGAUGUUGAUGAAGAAGAUAUGACGAUCACUUUUAAUGUCGUUCAAGGGGAUGUUUUGAGAUUUUACAAGAGUUUUAAGGCAAAACUUCAGGUUAUCAGAGUGCAUACGGGCAUUAGCUCUGCAGAGUGGACCGUGGAAUUUGAGAAGGCAAAUGGAAGUGUCCCUGAUCCCGAACACUAUGUGGACUUUGCAGUCAAGAUGUCAAAAGGGUUGGAUGCUUACCUUUGUAAAAACUGAUCAAUUAUAAUAAGUGUGUUAAUUAUUAUUAUUAUAACAAUUGAUCAAUUAUUAUAUGUAUAAUAAGUGUAUUAAUUACGUAGGAGCUUAAUUGUGUAUCAA